AUCAGCCAAUCAGAAGGCAGAAACACUUCUCUUCCUGUUUGGCCGAGGGACGCAUAUUAUCGGCAAGUGGCGUGGAAAGAGAUGAUGGGGGGAAUUAAACAAGAGCAGAGUGAUGCAUCUCAGCAGCCCAAAGCUUCACACACAGUGGACCAACAAGAGGAGCCAAAGAAACGUGGUUGGCCAAAAGGAAAGAAAAGAAAGAAGGUUCUACCUAAUGGUCCUAAGGCUCCCGUAACAGGAUAUGUCCGCUUCUUAAAUGAGCGACGAGAAGUUAUGAGAGCCCGAUAUCCCGACUUACCUUUUCCAGAGAUCACAAAGAGACUCGGAGCAGAGUGGACACGAUUAGCCCAAAAUGACAAACAGCGCUACCUUGACGAGGCGGAGCGAGAGAAGAUGCAGUACGCCCAGGAGCUGAAGGAAUACCAGCAGACUGAGGCCUUCCACAUCACCAGUGCCAAGAUACAUGACAAGAAGAUUAAAAAAGAAGACAGUCCAUCAGUUGUUGUCAGUUCUGGCUCAGGAUCGUCUUUAACAAAGACUGUUGACCUCUCAAGCAGAUUUGACAUUCCAAUUUUCACAGAAGAGUUUCUUGAUCAAAAUAAAGCUCGGGAAGCUGAGUUGCGGCGGCUUCGGAAGACGAACAUUGAGUUCGAAGAGCAGAACGCUGUGCUGCAGCGUCACAUCAACGACAUGAACACUGCUAAAGAACGCCUGGAGGCUGAACUAGGGCAGGAUGAGAAGCGUACUCAGGCUCUUCACCAACACCUGCUGGCCAUUAAACACACACUGGUCAACAGUUUGUCAACAGUCCCUCUGCCAGGUACAGGGGAGACGGCGUCUCUUGGUAAUCUCGACUCAUACCUGAGUCGACUCAGUGGAGUCCUAGAGGGGAAUCCUCAGAAACACCGCGCCCUGCUCAGCCAACUUCACGAGGUCUUUUCUCAUCUCGACAGCGAGAAGUUAUGAGGAAACUCCGACCAUCUAUGCCUCAUCAGAACACAUGACCAUAUAAUAAUCCACAUCAGUUCCUUUUCAACAGAGCAUGUGGGUUGGAUCACAUCUGCAAAGGAAAUGGUACAAAUUCUUCUCAACAACCCAUAUGACUCAUGUCUAUUGUUUAUGAGUACAUGAAUUCUGUGUGACAUGAGCUCCUGCGCAUGUUUUAUUCCGAAUGUGAAUCUGUGUGGCAGCAUGCAUGUAUUUCUUCAUAGACUAGUUUCCCCCCGAACUGCCCUAUAACUGGACAAAUAAAGUUGUCUCUAAUUAUGUUUUAUAGCAUUUUAUCAGCAGUUAUCCACAGGCUCAUGGUAAAUCCAUUUCAGCAUGUAUAUAAUUGUUUAUAUUUUCUCUGGAAUGCAUUGGCGAAAGAAAAAAGGAGCGGCAGGGCUAAAUCUUGAAUGCUGGGGUAUAAAAUGUUGUACUUUUGACAUUGCCAGGUUGUGGGAUGAACAUGUUUUAAAAUUGUGUCAGAACAUGGUAUGUUUGUGCAGUGUGUUUGUAUUUUUUACAGAUGUCCAAUAAAUCAUCUUGAACACAUUGUUUUCAAAUAAAGGGUUUGAUAGAUGUU